UUAUGUCAAUAAUGUGAUAAGUGCUGAAAUCGUGCCGCACGAUUUCAAUUUGUGUAUGAAUUUGAGGUUCAUCACUUGAACAUCUUGAAUGUUGGUUUAUUCUUAUCACUUAAAGAAAAACAAAUUAAUGACCCCAGAAAUUAAAAAUUUAAAUUUAAAAGUUCAUAAUAUUGUCUUCAACUUAUAGCAGUAGAAUGUCGGGGAAAAAAUGCAAACACUGUGGGUCAUCAGAAAUAGAAGUAGACCCUGCUAGAGGUGAUGCCGUUUGUACCAACUGUGGUUCUGUAUUAGAAGAUAAUAUUAUUGUUGCUGAAGUAGAAUUCCAAGAGAAUGCUCAUGGUGGUGCUUCUGCAAUUGGACAGUUUGUGUCAGCAGAUUCAAAAGGAGGUGCCUCGGGUUUUGGUAGAGCAUUUAAUGCGGGCAUUGGCCAAGAGUCGAGAGAAAUAACAUUGAGGAAGGCAAGAGAGGGUAUCACUGCACUGUGUCAGCAGCUCAGAUUGAAUCAGCAGUGUAUUGACAUCGCUUGUAAUUUCUUUAAGAUGGCACUCGCUAGGCAUCUCACUAUCGGGAGGCAGUCAGCCCUAACACAAGCGGCAUGCGUAUAUAUUACUUGCAGGACAGAGGGAACACCUCAUCUUCUUAUAGACAUCAGUGAUGCUUUGCAGAUAGAUUGUUAUCAACUGGGCCGUACAUACUUCAAAUUGUCAAAAGCACUCUGCAUCAACAUACCUCCAACUGAUCCAUGUCUGUACAUAAUACGUUUCGCAUCCCAGCUGCAGUUCGAGGAGAAGCAGCAUGAGGUGAGCAUGACGGCCCUGAGACUGGUGCAGAGGAUGAAGAGGGACUCCAUACACUCAGGAAGGCGACCCUCGGGCGUCUGUGGGGCUGCACUCCUUAUAGCUGCUCGACUGCACGAUUUCUCACGAACGCCGACCGAUGUGGUCCGUAUCGUGAAGAUUCAUGAAACAACGCUUCGGAAAAGGCUCUUGGAGUUUGGGGAGACGCCGUCCAGCGCCCUCACCUUGGACGAGUUUAUGACAGUGGACCUCGAGGAGGAACAGGACCCACCAGCCUUCAAGAUAGCCAGAAGGAGGGACAAAGAUAGACUGCAGAAGUUAAUGGAAGAGGAAGAUGGCGAAAGAGAACUCACAGAGCUGCAAAGAGAAAUAGACGCUCAGUUAGAUAAAGACAAGAAAAGACGAAAGCCCACAAAGAUGGUCGCGCCUAUACUGCCUGCAUCCGUUGACGACGACACGUCAGAAGACGCUGAGGCGAGUAGAUUCGCAACAGAGGAUACGUUAUCACUUAUAGGUGAUAUAGCGAGAGACGUGCAGCCGACACCCGACGGUGCCAAUAACGACAAACUUAAGCUGGAAAAAGGACUUGGUCCAGAGAUAGCCUUUAUGGGUCUGAAUCCACCCGAAGAGAGGGACAAGUCGAAGCCGGAGUCCAAGCAGUUUACCAAGGACCUGCAGGCGGAUGAACUACAUCUGGAUGAUGAUGAUGAACAGUACCUCGACUCGCUGAUCAUGACGGACGAAGAAGCCAGACAUAAGACUCUGCUAUGGCAUAACAUUAACGCUGGAUAUUUGAAGGAACAAAAAAUUAAAGAAGAAAUACGCGCUAAAGAACGGGAAGAGGGUAAAGACAAAAAGAAGAAAACCCGUGGAUCAUACAAGAAGAAGGUGGCCAUUACUGGAGCGACCGCUGGCGAGGCUGUGGGGAAGAUGCUAGCGGAGAAGAAGAUGAGCUCCAAGAUUAAUUACGACAUAUUGAAGAGUCUGGAUCAUCCUGGGUCGCCCAGUGUACCGCCGGUGAAUGUUGUGAAGGCUGUAGAGGAAACUGGUACAAUCCAACCGCCAAUACUCGAGACGGUGCCGCCGUCGCCGGUGCCGAAAAAGCGGAAACGGAAGGAGAAGACAGCUCCCUCCCUGGCUCCUGCUACAGUUUCUGCGAGACCGUCACAGGGAGAACCCUCCCCGGCAGGACCCCUCCAGUCCCCCACGGAACCCCUCCCCUCCCCCGCGGACCCCUUACCCUCCCCUGCACCGGAAACGCCAGCACAGAAUGCUGAUGAUUAUGAAGAUGACUUUGAGGAUCCGGUCGACAGCCGAGAGAUGUCGCUAGCAGCGCUCUUACAGAACGGCAACGACGACGAAUAUUACGACUACGAAGAAUAUUAACGCUGACUCUGCUGUUUGUACAUAUUUAUACAGUUAACAUGAAAAAAUUUACAAAAUUCAUUCUUUAAGAUUCUUGAAUGAAAAGGCUCGAAACAGUAUAAGUUCAUGUGGAUAUUAACAACCGAUAAACUCACGGUUUUUUUUAAUUUGAGUACUAUUACAGUUUAUAAAGAAUGGCGUAACACAUACAUACAUACAUUACACUUAUAUGACACUUAUUGAAUUAAUGUUUUUAUAAGUUAGACCGUAAAAAAAUAUGUACAUACUGCAUAGUUUGUCUAGAAUUAUAUUAUAAUGAUCAUGUCAGGUGAUGUAAACUCUCUUUAUAAUUUUAAAGUUCCAUAAUUUUUAAGUCUUAAUACAGCUGAGAAUUUUUUUUAAUAAUUUAAAACACUAAGUAGUAAGUAGAGUUUGAGACUGCCAGAUAUUUAUAUGUGAAGGGUGCGCUUAAAACAGUAACUCUUCCAAUAUUAUAAGUACAUUAAUGUGUAGUUUAUUUAUUAAAUCAUGAAGAUAUCUUUAAAAUUAGUUUUAGUUGUAACUGGACUCAAUAUAAUUUUGUCAGACUACACAGAGCAAAUACAAGCUGAUACAUUUGAUUUAAUUUUCUAUGAGUAGAAAAACGAGGAACAGAUUGUAUAUUUGAAUUAUAAUAUGUAUGUAUAUAUAUUACUUAUUAGGCUAUAAAUUUGUUAUACUUGUAUUCAGCUUCAAAGUAAGAAAUGUUUUUCUAAUAGAUACUAUUACUCUUUCUUCAAGGAAGACUUUUUAUUUGACUUGCUACUUUACUUUAUAUUGUGUAAGUAACAUGCAGAAAACUAAGGAAAAAAUGUGAAAUGAAAUUAAUUUGAAUUUAUAAUAUCGUUGAUAAGGUUAAGUAUUUUUUACUCUAAAAUAUUUUCCAUUACUAUUUACUGUCAAGAUCCAUUAAGUAGACGGCUACAUAAUCUGUAUACAUUUUUGUUCUAUUUUUAAAAAUAUUGCUAUCACUGUAUUAAACCUGGUUGGAAUAAAGCUGUAUAAAAGUACUUAAUUUAAUUUUUCAUAUGUCUCAUUGAAAACUUUAAAAGUGACCAUAAUAUUAAAAUUAAAAACAAUAUAACAGCUAUUAAAUUAUUUUAUGCAUUCUUACCAAAAAUGGACACAUUAAAUUAUAUCUACAUAAUAGGUUUUUACUAUAACGUUCAAUGUUUACAUAUAAGAGUUUUUUUAAUUAUUUUUUAAGCAAAUUUAGUUAUAAUUGCAAGUAUUAAUUAGCUUUAACAAUAUUAAUAAUAUGUAUAAAACAUUUUUCCCCUCGUAGUUUUAAAUAUAGCGAAUAAAAUUAAACAAAAGUAAUAUUUAGUUAAGUCUCACUUUUGAUCUGACUAAACAUGUUUUGAAGCACUCUGUGUGCAAAUUAUUUAUUCUAAAUUUAUACUUUUUUUUAUUAUAAUCUGUUUUUCCUAAGGUGUACCAUAAAAAUUAAUUAUCUACACUGUG